AUGUAAUUUUACAGCAGCGCGAGUAUUUAUGAUCUUUGAGGCUUUGUUUAAACUUUUGGAAUAAUUUGCAGAACUUUAAAUGAAUCUGAGCAGAAUAAAAGCGGCGCCUGGUUUUAUUUUUUCUUGUGUCCGAGACUUUUUUUUUUUUUCCAAAUUCGGGGAUAAAAAGAGAAAAUCUGCAAGUUGUGAUUGGAGGCCCGGGGAGACGUCACGUGGUUUGGGUCGCUGACAGUAUAAACCCUUACCGCCGGCUGCGCACGUGGGUGACGCUGCAGGGCCAACCCUCUUCGGGGUCCCUUUUGUUGAACCAUCAAACAUAAGCACCUUUGGAGAUCCCGAGGGGUUCAGAUGAGAAACAGCCAUCAUCUUGCGCGCGGAGCCAUCACUUCUGAGCGGCGCAGUCAUGUCCAGGUCCUUCUACGUCGACUCUUUAAUAAUCAAGGACACGGUGCGACCGGGACCGGCUGAGCACCCGGGACACGACUUCCUCAUUCCCAUCAGCAUGCACUCUCCCAGCGUCAUGACGGUCACGGCUCCGGUGUGCCCGUCCAGGAAAAACGGGACUUUCUGUGUUUGCCCGCUGUGCGUCACGUCCCACAUCCACUCUUCCCGCAGCGGCAUCCCCAUGCUGAAGAGUCAGUUUCCGGGAGCGGAGGCGCAGUACUGUCAGAGGAUAGCGCACCAGCAGUCUCCGGCACUGGCUCACCCGGGACACACACCUGUCUGCACGCCCACCUUCAGCGUCACAGACCCCAGGAGAUACCACUGUCUUUCUAUUGGCGCCUCUGACAACAGCCACAUACAGAAUGGCAAGAGGAUGCGCACGGCUUUCACGAGCACGCAGCUCCUGGAACUUGAACGGGAGUUUUCCACGAACAUGUAUCUGUCGAGACUCAGAAGAAUCGAAAUCGCCACGUAUUUGAACCUGUCGGAGAAACAGGUGAAAAUCUGGUUUCAGAACCGCCGCGUGAAGCACAAGAAGGAGGGCAAAGCCACCCAGAGGAGCGCGCACAGCGGGUGCAAGUGCACAAGCGCUCACACAGACUAUUCAAGGUCAGAGGACGAGGAGUCUCUGUCUCCUGCCUCUGCUACGGAAGAGAAAGAGGUGUCACCCAUCUGAGAGGAACACGACCCCCCCCCCCCCCCCCCACAGUUCCCUCUGCACUCUGCCCUGCUACAGUUUUGGGUUUUUGCAUCACGCAAUGUCUGAGCCACAAAAAAACAAAUCUCCUGCAUGAAGUCUGAGGAGCUGAAUGUUGUUCUUCUGCUGUUCAAAAAUAAUUAAAGGAAAAAAUAUGUGAAUUGAAAUAUUUGGAAACAUGAUGCUGAUGUUCUCACCUGCUGAUCCGAGUUCCCCCCCAUCCACCCCCCCCACCCCUCCCAGUACAUGUUCUGCCUGAUAUCCCAUCACUGUCAGUGAGAUUGUGUGUGUGUGUGUGUGUGUGUGUGUGUGGUGUUGACAGCCCGUAGAAACACUAGAGGCCGAACUGUGUGGAACCUGCACGCAACAAUUUGUAAACUAUGUAUAUCUGUAUUUAUUGUAAUAAACAUGAGGAGUUG